AACCACGCCUGCUCCCCUUGAGUAAUCUCCCACUCACCCGUUCAAAACCCGCCCAGCAACCUGCCUAAUGGGACUCCGACCCUUCCCCAGCCAAUUGGCUGAGGCCACGACCCUUCCCCAGCCAAUAGGCUGAGGCCACGACCCUUCCCCAGCCAAUCAGCUAAGGCCACAACCAUUACCUCACCAACUGCCCCUAGACUCCUAUAAAACCUUUGUGCUUUUGAAACUCGCUGGCUCUCUCCGGCAUCUCCCCGCUGUGUCGGUGCAGAAUGUGCUAGAAAAACUAUGGACUACCACAUAACAGGAGCAGUGGACUGGACACCACACAGCCACGGCUAUAAGAUUCUGAAAAUAUGCUGAGUGGAAAACAGUAAAGCAAAAUGAACACGCACAAAUGUACUUAAAACAGCGCAAAGCCCACGCGGGGCUUGAACCCAUGACCCUGAGAUCAAGACCUAAGCUGAGAUCAAGAGUUGGAUGCUUAACCAGCUGGGCCACCCACGCACCCCUGAGCCAUAUUUCAUAAAAAUCUCCCUGGUCACUGUGUGGAAAAGAGAAGCAGGAACCACCAGUUAGGAGGCGACUGCAGUAAUUCAGGUACUCCCAGUUACUGAGACAACAGCGGAGGGGACUAGAGACCAGAAAAAUCAAUGCGCCGACCGUCACACCCUUAGAAAGCACAGUCUGGGUUCCAACUCUGAAGUCUACACCCAGCAGGAAAAAUUCCUGCACGUGCUCCUUCUACUUCUUCGGAGCCAGCUGCCCCCCUGCCCUCAAGAUACCAGGUGCCAGAACACAGCUGUCUCUUCGUUAAUCCCCCCACCCAGUCGCUGACCCAGCCAUGCCCGCUCCACUGCUCCCACUGCUGCUUCGAACCUUGAUGUCCCGCUUGCUGCUGCCUGCCACCCGCCUGGCCCGCCGGCACCUCCUGCCCCUCCUGCGCCGACUGGCCCGCCGCCUGGGCUCGCAGGAUGUUCGAGAAGCUUUGCUGGGCUGUCUGUUGUUCAUCCUCAGCCAGAGCCGCCCUCCCGACGCUGAGGAGGUCUCCAGAGUGGCUGGCCAGGAGAGGAGGGAGAGGCUAGCUCCCCCAAAAUGAGGCUGCGAUCCCUGAUAUUGGCUGUGUCAUCAAAAGCCAUUCUUUUGGAGCAAGACAGUCCUGGCACCACCACUGAGCACAGCCUACCCACUGUGCAGAAGACGCGGUGGGGGACUGAGCACAAAGAGGGGUCUGACCAGGAAUGCCUCCCCACUCCCAACAGGAAUGACUGGAAGGAUGCCCAGCAUCUAGCAGAAAACUGAUCUUCCGCGACCCUGCACUCCUCCUUCCAAGACACCUUUCCUAAUCGAGCAUCUGGGCUGGGAAGGGAAGGGAGGGGGAUGAGGGGAGUGACUCUGCUCCCCCACCCCCAUCCCGGGCAAAUGGGAACCUGAGUUCCAGUGAGGGACAGUCCUCACCCAUGGAUAACUGACAACUUAUCUGAGAGGGGAGAUUUUAACCCAGUCUGUCCUUCAGACUCAGGAUUUUCCUUCAAAUAAUAGAACCUUGAUUUGUCAGUCUUGCCCCAAAGCCCAGCACGCAGCAGUUGCUCAAUAAAU